UUAUUAUUUAGCCACUCGUUAUUACUAAAAGCUUUUAACUACUAUUGUUUAGCAUUUUGUUUCAUUUGUGCCUCAUUAACAAUGAUGAGUGAAACUCUUUAUGAAUUGUCCGUCUCAUGCUGAAGAAUUUAAUGAAACUAGUUCUGCCGCCAUCUGAAACAUGAUCAUCCUUUAAAAGCCCUUUGGAGUCUUCUCAGCAGCACUACUCGUACCUCAGGAGAAGAAUGAAGGCUGUGUGCGAGCUGGAGCCAAGGUGAUAUCUAGAGUAACUGAGCUGUGUGUGCUAUUGAUCCAUUGCCAUUUAUAUCUGUGCAGAGUGGAUUGAACUCAUGGCAAUAGACCAGAGCUCUCAUCAGUCACCUCUAGAAAUAGUGUCAAUAAGAAUGCAUCAGAGCCGGUCAUUCCAGUGCGUCAAAAGAGGAAUUUAUAGUAUAUUGUCCCUGCCAUUGAUAUGGCUUUGUUCUUUUGGCAGGUGUGUGAACGAUACUGACAAAAGAAGGACAGUGGGAAUAACAAACAAAAAAAAUGGAUAGUGUAGCCUUUUUUAUGUCUGAUAUUCCUGUAGAACUCAAAUGGGCUUGUCGAAAAAUGCAAAAAGCUUCUAUGCCAUUAUUAUGUUCCAUGGAACACAAAAGGAGAUAUUUAGUAAAAUGUUCAAACUGUCCUUCUGUAUCUUCUUAAAGGAAUCAGCAUUAUUUAUAUCCUGUUAUAGUAGGGAUGGUAAGAUUCACAGAUUCGCAUCAGCAUAAACGUUAACGUUGUGAUGCAUUGAUUUUAAAAAGUGUACAUCAGAUACACGUUGGCAUUUGUAUCGCGAUGCAUCGUUUCAAACUUAUUUGCAUUGGUUAAAAACGAUUAAUGUCUAAUUAUUAGUAUUGCACUAUACUCUUAUUGUUUAGAAAAUUGUGACCAAUAUUUUAUAUGUAGGUAAAUUGAUUGACUCUUUGUGAAUGUGUUCCCUAAUCUAAAGUGUUACCAAAUGUAAUUUUAUUUUGUUUUAUUUUUAAAAUGAUUUGUAAUCAUUUUAGUAAACAGUAACCACACUAAAAGAAAUGCUUUGGGUUUUGGAUGCGCUAUACAGUGCAUAUAUGAACUUCCAUUUCAUGCCCUCACUACAAGACAAAUUCUUCAUAACACAGAACCAAUUUUUAUCAUCCACUGUCACAUAAACAAGCACUUUCGCUUGUCUUUCUGCUUUGAUGCUGCUCUGUGCAGCUGAGCUUGCAUGUCUGAGUGGUAUAAUGAUGGCCAGGCUGUCUGCAGUGACUGAUCUGUUCAGGUAGAUGAGAAGGUCGAUAGAGGUUUGACAGGAGGCGAUCAAUAGCAAUGCUGACUGCAAGGCCAGUAAACAGUUUAGUACAUGAGUACCACAUUAGCAUUGGAAGCAAAGCUGAGAAGAACUGCUCUCUUUGGACCCUGACAGUGUGGAGUGUGGACAGUGACACUGCCAGACAGCAGUAAAAGGAAGAUGGUCAUCAUGGGAACCACAGUGACCCCUGAGCCCCUUACGGCUCUCUCUCGAUGGUACUUGUAUGCCAUCCACGGUUACUUCUGUGAAGUCAUGUUCACAGCAGCCUGGGAGUUUGUGGUGAACUGCAACUGGAAGUUUCCCGGCGUGACGAGCGUGUGGGCGCUCUUCAUCUACGGAACCUGCAUCCUGAUCGUAGAGCGCAUGUACAUUUCUCUGCGGGGCCGCUGCAAUGUGCUGCUCCGCUGCAUCAUUUACACGUUGUGGACAUACCUGUGGGAGUUCGGCACGGGUUUGCUGCUACAGCAGUUCAACGCCUGUCCAUGGGAUUACUCAGAGUUUAAAUAUAACUUCAUGGGCCUGAUCACAGCAGAGUACGCUGUGCCGUGGUUCUGCGCCUCCUUUAUCGUAGAGCGUCUGGUGAUACGCAACACGCUUAGGUUGCGCUUCGACGAAGCUGCUGAUCCCAGCCAAGCUGAAGAUCGGUCGGAAACAGGCGGAGGGCAAAGAGGACGAGAUGCCAGAGCAGGGGCCACCAGCACAAACGGUUACGUGAAGGUGGACUGAAGAUGUUGUCAACACCUUUUCCCAUCUCAAAGCUCCCAUCACCCAUGACUCUAUCCACACAUCUCUCAGUCUCUCUCCCAGCUGCUUCCAGGGAAAGAGUCGCUUGGACUGUUGCACAAGUGUGAAGACCUUUAUGAUUUAUCAUCCAGUUGGUGUUAUUUUCUCAUGUGGAGGGACGUUCAUUUGUCACCUCAGUGCUCAACAUGUACUGCCCUCAUUUUGGGUGAGUAGCUGUUAGGUUCAAA